AUGAAUCCCCUCUGGAAGGUUUAUAAGAGCAAGGUGAUGAAGACAUUGAAUCCAGAGAUGGAGGAGGAUGUGGCAGAAGAGGUCCAGCCGGAAGUUGACAUGUCUCCGAUACAGGAUGAUGAGGGGCCCAAUGCCGUCUCGCAGUUGGCCAAAAAAAUGCAGGGAGCGAGUGUGAAGGGCUGGAAAAGUGUCACCGCGCUCUUCAACAAAGAGGACGAGCACCAGCUGCUGGAGUCAGAGACCGAGACGGAGCCGGAGAGCCAGCCGGAACCAGAGCCCAUACCGGACCACCCAUUGGCGGUGAGGCCAGAGGAGCCUCGACCCAACAAGCGCAUGACGGGCUUCUGGGACAGUUUCGCCACAAAGUUGCAGCAGGCGAAGCAGGCCCAGGCAGCCGCAGCCGCCGCCAUGGCAACAGAGGCAGGGUCAGAAGGCGACAUGGAGGCGGGGAUUGACAACCAGGGGAGGAGCCCAGAGAUGGAGAACCAGGAAGAAGGAGGGGGCGAAGUGGGAGCCCCUGGGGAGGAGGAGGGCCACAGCAACAGCUUCUCCAAGUACACGUCUCUGGGAGGGGGCGGCAACGGGGAGACGGCACUCAAAUGGAACUUUGUCACCAGCAAGCUGGCCGAGCUCAAGACCAAAAGCAUGGCCAAGACCAACUAGCCGACCACAACAUGCAGAGUUUGGAAACAGCCUCCUCAAUCCCAACUACAGCAAUCUAGGUGAUGCGCCAUUUCAUAUUGCAUUUAUAUAAAUUAUCCUGAACUCAUGGAGAAGAUUGAGGUGUAGGAUUUGACAUUAUUGGCUAAUUACCAUGUUUUGUUUGUUUGGUAUGAAACUCACUGUUUGUUUUCUCCUUUUGGGAGUGCCAGCCUGUCUGUGUUUGUGCUGUUGUGGCUGCUAAGAUUGAACGUGUUCUCUAUGUAUAUGUUAUAAAUAAUCUAUUUUUUCUCUUUGAAGGAAUACAAAUAAUUUUGUUUUU